CGAGAGGAGCAAACAGAACAGUGUGUGCGCCACUGCUCAUAGUCAGCACACCAAAUCAAUUAGACCAGAUCUGUCGAGCUGUUCGCCGUUCAGGCCGGGGCUCGCUUGCUUCACCUGGAUCACUGGCUUUCCCGGGAACGGAUUUAGUCAUCCUCUCGCCGAGACACGCACAGUCACAGACAUUGUACAGGCAUGGCAGAAGCGGAGUUACAAACCUUUACCUCGAUCAUGGACGCGCUGGUUCGCAUCAGUUCCAACAUGAAGAGUAUGGAGCAGGAGCUGCAUUGCCCAGUGUGUGACGAGAUGGUGAAGCAGCCCAUCCUCCUGCCAUGCCAGCAUAGUGUGUGUCUGCUGUGUGCGGCCGAGGUGUUGGUGCAGAGAGGCUAUCCUCCUCCAGACCUCCCUCCAGAGCCCAACUCACCGGCCUCCACCCCCAACACACGCUCCCCCCGGCAGGCACGCAGACCCACACCCAGGACCCCGGACCGCCUGGAGCGGGUCCUCAGAACAGUGUGCGGAACGUACCCAGGACGGAGACGUAAGGAAGUGGCCCCUCCCCCCAUGCUGUUCCCAUGUCCUUCCUGUCAGCAGGACGUGGAGCUGGGAGAGAGAGGAUUGACCGAGUGCCUCCGCAACCUCACUCUGGAGCGCAUUGUUGAGAGAUACAGGCACACAGUGAGUCUUGGCAAUGUGGCCAUCAUGUGCGGUUUCUGCAAGCCGCCUCAGUCUCUGGAGGCCACAAAGGGCUGUGCUGACUGCAAGUCCAACUUCUGCAACGAGUGUUUCAAACUUUACCAUCCCUGGGGAACCCCGCGAGCCCAGCAUGAGCACAUUCUACCCACCAACAACUUCAGGCCAAAGGUCCUAACUUGCACAGAGCACGAACAGGAGAGAUUGCUAUGGUUCUGCCGUAACUGCCACAAGCUGCUGUGCCCACUUUGUAAGCUCCGUCGUGUCCACCACGGUCACAAAGUGUUACCUAUAGCACAAGCCUACCAGGCACUCAAGGACAAGAUCAUCAAAGAGAUCAACUACAUCCUGGCCAAUCAGGAGACAGUACAGAACCAGAUCAGUGAUCUGGAAAGCACCAUCAGCCAGAUGGAGGUGAACAGUGCAGUGGCUCAGGAGCAGCUGACUCACUGCAUCCGGGAGCUGGGGUCAGCGUUGGCAGAGCGUCAGGGGGCCCUGGCUCUGGCGCUGGAGGGGGCCCGCAGCAGGACGUGGGAGGCCCUGUCUGCCCAGGUGACAGAGAGGAGAGGGCUGUUGGAGCAUGCAGGCCUGAUGGCGUACACGCAGGAGCUUCUCAAAGAGACCGAUGCACCCUGCUUCGUACAAGCCGCCAGAGUCACUCACAACAGGUUGGUGAAGGCCAUUGAAAACCUCCAGUGUUUCUCUCUCUCCGCUGAUCCCUCCUUCAGACACUUUCAGCUGGAUGCAUCCAAGGAACUGAAGCUCGUCAGCAGUUUGGAGUUCAUACGUGCCCCACUGGCUCCUGUAAUUGACACUCAGAAGACACUAGCGUAUGACCAGCUGUUUCUGUGCUGGCGCCUCCCUCAGGACUCGGCCCCAGCCUGGCACUUCUCUGUUGAGUACCAAAGGCGAACGGGCGUGAUUGGAGCCAUGUGGGGUGGAACCAGAUCCCCUAAUGCCAGAAUGGACUGGCUGCGUGUAGAUGACGUGGGAGGGACCAAUGCUGUGAUUGACAGGCUGGAGAUGGACAGUGUUUAUGUGCUUAGGGUGAGAGGCUGCAACAAGGCUGGGUUUGGAGAAUACAGUGAAGAGGUUUACCUCCACACUCCACCGGCACCAGUGCUGAGUUUCUCCCUGGAUUCUCGCUGGGGGUUGCAUGCCGACAGGCUGGCGCUGGGUAAAGGCCAGACCUACGCCCGCAGUGUGCCAGGCCUCUCCCUCCUGCAGGCCGCCGACCGCACGCUCACCUCCUGCCACUUGACAUCCGACCUGCUGGUGGCAGACUUGGCCAUCACUCAAGGCAGACACUACUGGGCAUGCUCUGUGGAGCCUGGUUCCUACCUGGUCAAGGUGGGGGUGGGACAGGAGGCAAAACUACAGGAGUGGUUCCACCUCCCACAGGACAUGGCCAGCCCUCGGUGUGAUCCAGACAGCGGCCAUGACAGCGGAGCAGAGGAUGGCCAGGACUCCCCUCCCUUCUGCUUCCUCACUAUGGGUAUGGGCAAGAUCCUGCUCCCCAAAGGACACGGUCAAAGUCAGAGCCAGGGGCACAGCCAGAGCCAUGGAGCGGCAAACUCCCACUACAGUGGCCAUGCCAACCUGCCGAACCCGCACACCGCCCCUCUGCCGCCCCGGCUGGGAGUCUGUCUGGACUUUGACAAAGGACGGGUCACUUUCUACGACGCCCACUCUCUGCGUGUCCUGUGGGAGGGACAUGUGGAUUGCUCUGCCCCUGUCUGCCCAGCCUUCUGUUUCAUUGGCGGAGGGGCCCUGCAACUGCAGGAUCUAGUUGCUAAUCGCAGCAUAGAGGAGCCGCCUCCAAGGAGGGUAACCAUCCAGUCACGUGCAACUAACCUUGGUAAAUAAAUUGGAACGGAGGCAGCAGUUAAAGGCAUAGUUCAAUCAAUGCUUAAAGUUUGUCUCAUGUCUAUAGAGCUAAAGGUGAGUUGUAAUCACUGCAAACCAAUGUGAGGAUCCAGUUAUGCCCUCCAUCUUGAUUAUGAAUCGCCUUGAUGUCUGUCAGACUUUGACACUUGAUUGAACUAUCAUUAUGACCAUGGUUACACUUGUCAUUUCAAUGUGAUUUUUGAAAUCUGAUCAAAAAAGUCUGAUUCUCUUUAUUUUGCAUCUGCACUUGGCCUGAAAAUAUCUACGUCUCCCGUGGCUGUAUUUAAUUAAAUCUGUGACCGCAUUAUUUUUCCCUGCUCUCUUUUUCCACGUCUUUACAAUGCUCAUAUGGACAUUGCGGCUGAAAUCAUUUCAGACUAUGCAGAAUUCUAUUGACAGGGUGAGCCGAACACCUUCACUUCAUGUUGGGAAAAUCUUGACCCGACUUUCAUUCCUUAACAUUUGUCGUUUGAUUUGCUCUGAUACGGUUGGAUGACAAAAGUUGCAUGCCGUUGUCAAGUGUAACUAGGGUCUAUAACCUAACAUAUAUGCAGAUAAACAAUUGUCUCCAUGUAAAAGCACCUCAGAUGUACUGUACAUUUACUUUUGUAUCUUCAGGUUUAAUUUUCUAUGUAAUCUCCGCAAGUGUUAAUGAUGUAUAUAGUGCAGAAUAGGAGAAUGUGCACACACUUUGGUUGUUGAGUUGUCAAGUUCUGCUGGCUCUAUCAGGAUGAUGUCUCAGUGUCUAUACACUUCCUGUUGGUAUUUCUCAUCAUAGUUGCUGUUUUGCAUCUCAAAGGGACUUGGGUGGCAUUUCGGCUGUGUAAACACGCUCACAGUUGCCUCUAUGCCUUCCAAUUACAACAGAAGUCAAACCAAAAAAAAAAAAAAAAAAAGAAAGAAAAAAGAAAAAAAAAAAGGUUCCAAGAAAUGAUAUUCUCAUCAUGCUGGCUGACUGACUUAUUAACAGGUAAAUACAGCGCAGUGUUUUACAUUUUGAAGAAAGAUAGGAAUGUAGAUACUUGGUGAGUACAGUCUUGUGCUGUGUUGUUGCACAGUUAUAUUAAUAAUCAGAUUUGAAGUAGGACAGGGCUAUAGAUGACAAGAAAACCAGCUCAAAUAAUGAGAAGAGAGUACUGUUUAUGUCUUUUAUGAGCUCUGACUGUGAUAAGUUCUGUUUUUUCUAUAGCUUUCUAUAGUUUUUGUUUUGUCAGCUACUGUCACCAACAGUAGUUGAUUAAGUUGGUUGACUUACCGUAGAGUUUGGGGAAUGUAAGAACCCAAUUCUGUGUGACUGAAAUGCAAGAGAUUCUCUAUAUUGUAAUAUUUACAAAGUGAUGGCUCUGACUGUAUUUUCAUAUAUGAUUAUGAUUAUGAUUAUGUGGUGUGUGCGUAUGUGGGUGUGUUGGGGUUAUCAUGUUGAGCUCUGGCUGUUACUUUCAUGCUUUCUGUUUCUCUGUGUCUGUUCUGUCUUGAAUGACCUAUCUAGACUCCUUGUCUUACUCCUCCCAGCGCAGCACUUGAAUGACUUUAGACUGUAGCAUUUCAGAAAACAGAAUCUCCUAAUUUAGACUUUGCCUUGCUGGCAGAAUGUUUCUAACAUGUCAUGACGAUGAAAAAACAACAACAACAAAACAAUAAAUGACUGAUAACUGUA